AGGGAAGCGAAAAUUUUCGCUCUCCAUUUCUUUAAAAGAGUACCGAGAGUUUAAGGAACCAACCGGAUUCCUCGAACACUUCCAAGUUCGAGUAGCAGAGUUGGGAAAAACCUUCAAAAUAAAUUUGGGAAAGACGCAUAUUUCUGCGAAUCCGCAGUGUUCUCAAUUGGUAACUCUCGAUGUACACGAUUUGACCUGCGAACGAGGUGCUUCGCGCUGAAGAAAAAUCAAUCGAAGGUCUGUUACAUAUAGAACAACGUCGUUGGCACAUGAAGCUUUAAUUCAGGAAGGUCUCGCAGCCAUUCGACUACGACACUGUCGAGUGUCGAACACAGGAAGCCUCAUCAGCAUCAUCAACCAAAUAAAAAAGCCGUCAGUUCCACCCGCGACUCGACGACGACAGGAACUUGUGGCCCGCGGUCGCCUAUCAAUCAAUUAAAAAAAUAUUCAUCAAGUGAGCUUAGUUCCUGUAUUUCUUUCCUGCAUUUUUUUUUUCUGCCCAACUUUCUACCAUCCGCCUCUGCUUCAUUUCCCUUUCGACCGAAAAUCGUCAUCAAUAUCAAACUCACCUUCAUAACCUGGAUGUUUGUGUGUGCGUGGAUGGAAAUCAAAUCUGAAGCCUGUUGUUGGAGAAUUGCGCGAAAGCCGCGCAACGUACGAUAAUUAAAAGAACGAGUUAAACACGGAACACAAUCCGUGACGCAAUAAUCACCCGAUUGCAUCCGGCAUUUUUGGCGCGGUCGUCGUCUGCACGCUCUGCGAAUUAUUCAGGAGCCACGCUGAGGACCUUCAAAAAUGAAUAAGCCUGUUUUCACAACUCUGAGCGUCGCUCUCUUCUUCAGUUCGACUCUUCUGACGAGUUUCACGGACGCAAAACCGAACCCAAACCCCUCAGAAGCCCGUAGCUACAAGAAUUUUAGGCUCAUGACGCAAUCGGCCGUAAACGGACGAUUUCCCGUCGUUAUCUACGAAAGCUCACAAACAGGACUCAAGGUCGCAUCGAUUCAAGUCGGCGGCCCAGUCGUAAACGGAUACAUCACUUUGGCCACUGAAGCACAUGAUGAUGACGGACUUCCCCACACCCUGGAACAUUUGGUAUUCAUGGGAAGCGAAAAGUACCCGUGGAAAGGGGUCUUGGACUUGCUGGCCAACAGAUGCUUGGCGUCGGGAACAAACGCAUGGACAGAUGUCGACCACACUUGCUACACUAUGACGACAGCCGGAAGCGAGGGAUUCUGUAACCUGCUGCCAAUUUAUUUGGACCACAUAUUUUACCCAACUCUGACGGACUCUGCUUACCUCACGGAAGUUCACCACGUGAACGACGAAGGCGAAGACGCCGGCAUUGUCUAUUCGGAAAUGCAGUCCAGGGAGAAUACGGGCGAAAACAUCAUCCACAGGACGUUGAGCAAAGCAUUAUAUCCCGGCAAAUCGGGUUACAAGUCGGUGACCGGUGGGAUCUUGAAAAACUUGAGGGAAUCCACGUCGAACAAAAAGGUGCGCGACUACCACAAGGAAUUUUACCGUCCUGAAAAUCUGUGGGUCAUCGUGACGGGUAAAAUGGAUCCCGUGAAGAUUCUUGAGUGCCUUGAUCCCGUGGAACAAAAGCUUAUUGCAAAAGGGAAGAACCCAAAACCGUACAUCAGGCCUUGGAUGGAACCUGUGGAACCAUUGCGUCAUUCUAUUGAUAUGGAAGUCCCUUAUCCAGCAGAUGAAGUGGAACAUGGAUUGGUUUAUUUCGGUUGGCAAGGACCGUCGUCAAUGUUCGAGCAGCACAAAUUAACUGCAUUAACUGUGAUGCUGGAUUACCUGACGGACACAGCUAUCAGCCCGAUUCAGAAAGAAUUCGUCGAAAUUGAUUCUCCGUACGCCAGCAAGGUGUCGUUCCACGUAUCAGAAAACUUGGUAUCUGCCAUCACCCUGAGUUUCAGCGACGUACCAAUGGGCAAGUUGAACGACAUUUCACCAAAACUUUGGCAAGUCUUGCGAAAUUUAACCGAGGCCACCUUUGACGUGGUGAGGAUGAAGAGCCUUUUGCAUCACAAAAUGCUUGACUUCUGGGCAACUCUGGAAUCUGACCCGCAUUCGGCUCUGGCUUAUGACAUGAUUGGGUUUAUGCUUUAUGGGAAUUCCUCACAAGAUCUGACAUUCAGACUCAACGAAGACAAAUACUACGAAGAAUUGAUGCAGAAGCCACCGAAGUUUUGGAUUGACUUGCUUCGAGAAUACAUUGAUGAAUCGAGACCCCAUGUCGUUGUUCGGGGAAAACCGUCAGCUGAGCUGGAAACCAAGAACGCAGCAAAUGAAGCCAACAGAAAAGAAAGUCGAAUUAGUGACCUCGGACCCGACGGUCUGCGCCAAAACAAAGCAAAUGUGGAUCAUGCAGUUCAACCUAGCGAUGAAGUGAUAACAUCUGUUCCGGUCCCAAGCACGGAUGGAAUCCAUUACCACACGAUCGAACCCUACUCGAACUUCGCUGUUCCCAGCUCUUCUGGAAGAAACGAAAUCCGCGCGAAUUCUCCGCACUUCGACCUCAACUCUAUCCCGGUUCGCAUGCGAAUCGACGACGUGUCCUCCAACUUUGUUUAUAUCCAUCUGAUGAUUGACACUGCUGAUUUGGACCCAAGUCUGCGACUCUACUUACCCCUGUUUCUGGAGUCGAUUUCCGAAAGUCCACUGAAGUUGCCACCUGGUAUCAGAUGGCACGGACCGAACGUUACGUCGGACGGGGAGAACAGCGUCACUGUCGACAGCGACGGAUUCCAGCACGUGCCUCACGAGUUGGUUGUCGCUCAAAUCGAAGCUGAAACCCAGUCCAUAACGUCUUACUUGGGAGUCGGCGGGGGCAGCGUUUUUUCUGCAGGAUACUUCUCCAACUACGCCGUCAUUUCCAUCCAGGUUGAGCUUUCGAAGUACGCUGACGGUGUAAGAUGGCUCCGUGACCUGGUUUACUUCACUGACCUCGACCCUGAUCGCAUCCAAGUGCUAGCCUCCAAACUGUCACAGAGCCUGACAUUCAGACUCAACGAAGACAAAUACUACGAAGAAUUGAUGCAGAAGCCACCGAAGUUUUGGAUUGACUUGCUUCGAGAAUACAUCGAUGAAUCGAGACCCCAUGUUGUUGUUCGGGGAAAACCGUCAGCUGAGCUGGAAACCAAGAACGCAGCAAAUGAAGCCAACAGAAAAGAAAGUCGAAUUAGUGACCUCGGACCCGACGGUCUGCGCCAAAACAAAGCAAACGUGGAUCAUGCAAUCCAUCUGAUGAUUGACACUGCUGAAUUGGACCCAAGUCUGCGACUCUACUUACCCCUGUUUCUGGAGUCGAUUUCCGAAAGUCCACUGAAGUUGCCACCUGGGAUCAGAUGGCACGGACCGAACGUUACGUCGGACGGGGAGAACAGCGUCACUGUCGACAGCGACGGAUUCCAGCACGUGCCUCACGAGUUGGUUGUCGCUCAAAUCGAAGCUGAAACCCAGUCCAUAACGUCUUACUUGGGAGUCGGCGGGGGCAGCGUUUUUUCUGCAGGAUACUUCUCCAACUACGCCGUCAUUUCCAUCCAGGUUGAGCUUUCGAAGUACGCUGACGGUGUAAGAUGGCUCCGUGACCUGGUUUACUUCACUGACCUCGACCCUGAUCGCAUCCAAGUGCUAGCCUCCAAACUGUCACAGAGCGUGGCACAAAAAAAGCGAAGGGGAGACAAAGUCGUCAGGGCGUUGAUCACCGACAUGGAUUACGUCAAAGGGUCGAAUCACUGGGCCGUCAGCAUGGUCAGACAGCAAAACUUGCUCACAGAAGUUUCGCAAAACAUUUCCAAGGCGAUGGAGGGUAAUAACGACAAUAAGCGGGUCGUCAUGGAACUCGAAGGAAUGCGACAACUGAAGAAACUUCAAAAGCAGCUGAUGGAGAACACAGCAGGUUUCAUUUUAUACAUGGCUGCGGAUUUGCGAAGAUUGUACGAAAACAACGGGAAGAUGCCGUCGGAGAAACCUUGGGUCGACACGAUUUUGCCCUACUUCGAGCAGAGUUCUGUCGAUACCGACAGCAUUCAUUUCCGAGAUCCACCAAAGGUCGUGACUGAUGCCAUGCUUCUCGCUCGACCUCCGAAUAAUUCAGCGUUGCCCGACCCAAAGCAUGCGACAGUCGUUGGAAUGGGUUCGGUGGACUCGGCUUAUCUUUUCCAAACCGUGCAAACCGAAGUAAAUUCCUACACUCAUCCUGACUUUUCAUCGUUGAUGCUAUUUUUGCAAUACUUGGAGCAGCUCGAGGGUCCAAUUUGGCGAGCCGUUCGAGGCCAAGGGCUGUCCUAUUCUUACUACUUCCAACUUUCGGCGGAAGAAGGUCUGAUUCUUCUUUACUUGGGCAGAUCAAGUCAGGUUGUCGAUGCCUAUGAGGUUACAGCGAAGAUUGUGAGAGAACACGUUUCAGAGGGUUUCCAACUAAGCCACGAGUUGUUCGAAUCUGCCAAAAGCUCAUUGGUUUUCGGACUGAUUGAAAAGGAGCAGAGUAUUUCCGACCUGGUGAAUCAAGCUGCCCUUUCGUCAUUCCGAGGUGUUCCUGUUAGCUAUACAAAAACCAUGAUAGACAGAAUAUGGAAAGUCACAGAAGAAGAAAUGAUGGCGAGUGGAAGGAAACACAUGCCGGCUUUAUUUAAUCCCGCCAAGUCAAGAGCAGCAAUUGUUUGCCACUCAGCGAAAGUGAACGAAAUCGUCCAGUCCUUCAAAAAUUUCGGUCGAAACAUGGUCACCUAUGACUCGGCAGAAGAUUCAUUCUUGAACGAAGCUUGAAUCACGUCUUCAUUGACUGGUCUUGAGCACAAAAUCCGAAUUCAACCAGCUCAUGAUGGACAUCUUGAAGGAUUUAGCCCGAGCUUUAUUCUGUUUCUCCAAAAGUCACAUUCGUCUGUUGAAAAAAAAAAAACAGGAAAUUUGCUGGAAAUUAUUGGCAAACGUCAGAGCUGAAUUUGAUGAAGCACAAAUUGAUUGGCGACUUCGGCAAUAGAAAAAGUUUCUGAUGUGCUGCCUGUCGCACAUCCGGAGGACGACGAGCUAUUUUUGCACAGAAAAAGUUAUUCGCGGGGGGGAAAGAAAGGCGUGCUAUUGCGAUGAAACUCGUUUCAUUCGAUGUGGCUUCGAGCUUAAAUUAUUGAAAUCCUGUCUCGCGGAAAAAAAUUUAAAUUUGCCUUUUUGUCCCGUAUACGGAAAUAUUUCUUGAAAGCCGUUUGUUUUUGUUUUUUCGAUUCGGAAAAGCGCGCGUUGAAAAAUCCUGGAUUUUCUCCAUCUCUCGAUCGUUCAGUCGAAGCCAAUUCUAAAAUUGGAAGAAAAUUAGAAACGGAUUUCGUUGUUGAUGUUCAUCAAGAAAAGAAUUGCAGAAACACUAGGUUGACAGGCUGUGUGUACCUGAAGUGCGGCACUUUCGACGACCCGGAAGAGCGACUGAUGAAAUAAAUCGGUUGUUUUUGGCUUCUUUAUCGCAACGUA